AUGUCAGGGUCCAGCGAUCCCUGCGACUUUGUUCCCCGUUUAAAACCCCAGUAUCUCCCAGUUCCCCGGCUGCUCCACGCGAAGAUCGGCCACUCCAACAAGCAGCUCUGUGCCUUUGCAGCUUGCACCUCUCUCCUCCAGAAGGAUCACUUUGGCUUUUUUAAUGUAACUGCUUUGGCAAAGGAGCAGCGGAGGGCUGGUUUUACACCAAACCACUCUCGGCUGGACAUAAAAACAGACAGGAGAAGUUGGGCACAGGGAUCUGGGAGAAGGGGACCCAUGAUCCCAUCUCUGCCAAAGCAGCCUGAGAGAGGAUCAGCACAGACCCUCAUCAGCCAUGACAUGGGGCCCCCUUCUUCAGAAACACUGCCCAGAAGAGAGCAGUCAGACUUCCCGAAGGAUGGCUCAGCCUGGAAGUGCCUGGAUGAGGCUGGCCAGCCCUCCAGCGGCUGGAAGGGAUGUGAAACCAGGGGAUGUCCCAGGGGCUGCAGGAUGCCCGGAGGAACCAGCCAUGGCACAUUGAGCACCCGGCUGAGCCCUGGCCAGGGCAGCUACCCAGGGGUGCUUGGAGCACCUCUGCACCCAGCUGUGCCCACAGACCCAGGCACCCUGAAAGUGCCCGGAGGCCCCAAGAUGAUGUCCCCCGUUGGGCUCAUCUGCUGUUCCCACCCCUGCAUGGAGCAGAAGUGGGGAGUGCCGGGGACCAACUGGCGAUGCCGGGGACGGUGCGAACCGAACCGAGGGUGCCGGGGACCGAACCGGGACUGGGCCGAGAGCGCGCUGUCCCACACGGGGAUGUGGGGCACCGGGUGGGCAGCUGCCCCCUCCCCGCUCCUCCGGGGCCGGGCUGCACCACGUGCCGCCCGGCUCCGCCUCGCCGCCGCCUGCUGCCUGCUCUGCGCCCUGCCAGCAGAGGGUCAGAAGACAGCAGAGGCCUUGGUGUCACCGUCACCUUUUCCUAGCACAGCGCUAACCUCGCUUCGGCCACGGGAAGCCUCUGACUUCAGCCCAGUGCCUACUGCCAUUCCUCAGACCAGCCUGGAGAAAAACCUGACUGCUGCAACACCCAGUGCCACGGGGGCCCAUCCUGCAGAGGUGGAUGAUGCCUUCAUCCCCACCACCCCCAUGGCAAGCUCCAAGCCAGAGAGACUGCAGGCUUCUACCACUGCCAGUCCUGGGGACAUCACAGCUACACGUCCUGAGCAUGACAACAUGAGCUUGUCACUCAACAGCAGCGCUGAAAUCCCCUCUCCUACCUUGACUGCCAGCACUCUGGAGGAAAACCAGCCCAGCCAUGAAGCCACAGAGCCUUUCAGCACAACUGGAGAAACGGAUGAUGCCAGCAGUGCAGCCCCCACGCCUCCUCUGAGCACUGUGCCAGCAACAACUAACAGGUCUCACUCAGGGCUUUUUGAUGGGCAGACCCUGAGGCCCACAGCAGCAAGGUCUGAAACCAAGCCAGGAACGAGCCCUGUGGGUGCCACAGAGGAGAGCACUGUGGAGCUCAGAACUUCCUCUGCUCCCAUCUCCAUUGUAAGGAGCACAUCCUUUGCUACUGCCUCCAGUGCUGUGACGGUGACACCCCUCGUGACCAGCUCCACGUCUGCCAGCACAGCUGCCAUCCCCACCAGCACGCCUGCACUGGCACAGUCACUGGAGCCCAGGCAUGAGAAGACUUCUGUGCUGGAUGUUGGUGAUGAUGACAAUUCAGAGCUACCCAAUCUGGCUGGUAAGGCGAGGGCUGACCCCCUGGUAAUCACUGUGAUCUCUGUCUUCAUUGUCAUGGUGGGCAUCCUGGGCCUGGUGGGCUUCCUGCGAUACCGCCAGCACAACAACCGCAUGGAGUUCCGGCGGCUGCAGGACCUGCCCAUGGAUGACAUGAUGGAGGACACCCCUCUCUCCCUCUACAGCUACUAGGCAACCAGGCUGUCUACUGCCCAGAGGAAAAGGCCUUGAGGACUUGGUCCCAGAGGAUCUGCUGAGGAAUGAGGGGCUGUGAUUUGCACACAACUGAAAGAUCCUUUUCAGAUGGUUUUUGGUUUUAGAUGUUUUAAAUAGUUCAGUGUUGAAGUUUCUAUGCGACGAAUCAGAGCCCAAGUCUGACCCUUUUCUCCAGGCUCUCCUCAAAACACUGCCCUGAAGAGGUGUCUCCUCCUUUUAGUGUGGCAGCCAAUUAGCCAAGACAACCUUUGCCAUGGUGUUCUGCAUGGAUCUCUUCUGUUGAUCUUGGUGGCUGCUGCCUUCAGAGGUGGUGGGGAGGUGUUUCAGACUAGGGCUCUUAACACUGGUGGUGUCAGCACCAUGCCAGCAAAGGAGACUGCUGUUUUCUGAGGAAGCCAAGGAUGUGGAAAUCAGUUUUCUUGGGCUCCCUCUUGUUCUGUAUUUUUAAGGUUGCUUGUUUUGGGGGUUUUCUUGCACUUUUUUUUUGUUCUUGUUUCAGCUUUAGUCCCAGGAUUGGCAUUACCCAUCCUGACACACCUACAGGAGGAUAAAAGACUACUCUGCUUCCUUCCUAGUUGCAUACCUUUUCUCUUCAACCAGAGAAAAGAGUUUUGUGGCCACUGGAGAAGUGCCCCUGCUACUUGAUGUUGCUUUGAAGUUGCUGGGAGGAAAUUGAACAUAAUGUUAGCUUAACCGAGCUUGAUAGGACUCAGUCUAUUGCCAAUUAGACACACUAAUUUGGUCUCACCAAAAUUAGGAAACCGUGUCUCCUACACUUGAUGCUUUUGGCAUAUGUGCAAACUCCUUUCCCAGGCUCAGUAAAUGCUUUAAUCAAUUUCCCUGCCUGGGCUAACACAAGCCUUUCCUCAGGUACCUCCCGUUUUGCUUCUAGCAUCUGGUUGCUGGAAGUUGUUGUACAAAGCUGGUGCUUUGCUCUCCCUCCUGUGCUAUGCAAGGUCAGAGCUCCUCUACUUUCUGAUGUUGGUCUUUUGAGCCAGUUGGUGUCUUGUCACGAGGACAGAUCCUGGAUGUAGGUGCCUUCCUCCCCUUCCCUUUCUUGGUGUUAUGCUGAUUAGAUUCUGCACUUUUGCUUCAAAAUAUCACUGCUGUAGACUGCAUCCAAGGCUCUUGAGGCCUCUCAAGGAAACCCAUAGACCAGAGCCUCUGAGUGUAAAUCAGAGGAGCUUUUGGUGCCCUUGCCUCAGAAAGACUGGAGUGUGUGUGACAUGACAGUCUUCAUGUAAUUACACCUGCUCCUGUUUUCUGACUCACAUUUGACUGCAGGAAAAUAGAAACACAUGCCUUCUCUAGAGUGGUUGAUUUUUGACUAAGCCAGUUGCUCCCUCAGGAUACAGCAAGGGCUAGAGUUCAUCUGCCACAUUGCUCUACAAGCCUCAGUUUCUCCUCUCCUUUCAGCAGCAACAUCACUGAACCCUACAAAGGACAGAUACCAGGCCUCACUUGCAAAAGUACCUUUUUUAGUUCUCUUCCCAGUGCUGUUAUUGAUUGUCAUAGCAGGGAAAGGGGACAUUCCCCAUCAGCUGAGCUCAAGUUACCUGGAAAGCCCAAAGGUGGAGCAGAAGGGGUCUGGCUCAAAUAGAUGAACUGGGUAAGGCAGCAGCUCCUCCUGCCUGUGCUGCUGCUUCCAGAGUGGCUGAAAAUGGCUGCAGUGCAGCUGGGCUUCAGUUUGGCCUUCCAUCUGUGUAUUGAUGCCCAGUGAAAUUGGGAAGAGGGUUGGUUCUCUCCUAUGAUUGCAUGAGAACUAAAGAGCAAUUGUCACAACUCCAAGGCUUUUGUAUCAAGCAUUGUCUGCACAGAGUGAUCUCCCUAGCUACAGACUUGUUUCCCCUGCCGGAGGGCAGGGUGCUGCUGGUUUGCGGCACAAAGUUGGCAAGUUAGUGGUGGAAAAUAGAACUCCAUCCUGGCUGGAACUGGUGCAGGCUGGCAUAUCUGGGAAGUGUGUCUGCACACAAUCAAAAGGGCAGAGGCUGGUUGUUCUGGUUUCCCAUGCAUCGCUGUGCAGGGGAAAGGGGUGAGGAAAAACUCGCCCAACACCAAAGUGCAACUUUGUUUGUAAAAUAUGUUCAUAGUGGAUUUUUGUUUUCUGCAAUAAAGUUACAAAUGCCAAAAGUG